AUAGCAAUGAAAAAAUGCCUAAUCGAUAGAUUUUGGUUUAACGAGGACAAAGAGCAAAUUGAAGUAUCCUUGCAACUUGCACAUUGGGGGCAAUGCAAAGUCCACGCCGCCCCCGCCGCGCUCAUUUGAUGGCACCCGCGGGAGCGAAGUGACAUGGAGACGUUAAAAGGCGUUUGUGAUGAUCCGAAAGAAAUUAACGGACAAGAGCUCAAACCGUCACCAACGGUGGAGCCUAUGGCAAAGGUGCACAGCGCUCAGCACCCUGAAACAAAUCCACGCGUCCAUGGUCAUCCAUGGCUUCAACAACAGCCCCUCCGCGCUCAGAGAACUUGUUUUUGCCGGGGCUGUUGCCAUAUCGGGAGCCAUAGAGCACACCCACAAGGUGUUCGCUUAUAUUACUGAACCAGAUCUCUUUAUGUGGAACACCAUGAUUAGAGGCUCAGCUCAGAGUCCAAACCCAGCAAAAGCUAUAUCUCUGUAUACCCAGAUGGAGAAAAAGGGUGUGGCACCUGAUAGCUUCACGUUCCCCUUUGUCCUCAAGGCAUGCACCAGGCUUCGCUGGGUCAAUAUGGGUUUGGGGACACAUGGGAGGGUUGUAAAAUUUGGGUUUGAGUUGAAUACUUUUGUCAGAAAUACUCUUAUUUAUUUUCAUGCUAAUUGUGGGGAUAUAAGGAUGGCAAGUGUGCUAUUUGAUGAUUUGGCGAAGCGGAAUGUGGUUGCUUGGUCAGCGUUGACAGCUGGGUAUGCAAAACGGGGAGAGUUGAGCAUUGCGCGGCAGCUUUUUGACGAAAUGCCUGUUAAAGAUUUAGUUUCUUGGAAUGUAAUGAUUACAGCUUAUGCGAAGCAAGGGGAGAUGGAUAGUGCGAGGAAACUUUUUGAUCAGGUGCCUGAAAGAGAUGUUGUCACUUGGAAUGUAAUGAUAGCAGGAUAUGUACUUUGUGGCUCACACCAGUUAGCAUUGCAGAUGUUUGAGGAGAUGAGAUGUGUUGGAGAGCAGCCUGAUGAGGUUACCAUGUUGAGUCUUUUAUCUGCAUGCGCCGAUAUGGGGGAUUUAGAUGUUGGGCAGAAGAUACAUUUAUCCCUGUUGGAGAUGAGUUCAGGAGAUUUGAGCAUUGUACUUAGUAAUGCGAUGAUAGACAUGUAUGCCAAGUGUGGAAGUAUUGAGAGAGCAAUCAAAGUGUUCCAAGGGAUGCGAGAGAAAGAUGCAUCGACAUGGAAUUCUAUAAUAGGGGGGCUGGCUUUCCAUGGCAAUGCUGAGAAAUCAAUCCAUCUAUUUGUUGAGAUGCAAAGAUUGAAAAUCAGACCGAACGAGAUUACAUUUGUUGGAGUUAUAAUGGCUUGCAGUCAUGCUGGGAAAGUUGAAGAGGGUCGUGAAUAUUUUAAACUUAUGACAGAUAAGUAUCAUAUCGAGCCAAACAUAAAGCAUUAUGGGUGUAUGGUGGACAUGCUGGGGCGUGCUGGGCUGUUAAAUGAAGCCUUUGAUUUUGUUGACAAAAUGCCAAUGAAACCGAAUGCUAUUAUUUGGAGGACUCUGCUUGGGGCUUGUAGAAUUCAUGGAAACGAGGAGCUUGGUAGGCGUGCAAAUGAGAACCUACUUAAAAUGAGAAGGGACCAAAGUGGGGAUUAUGUAUUACUUUCUAACAUAUAUGCGUCACGAGGUGAUUGGGGUGGAGUUGAGAAGGUGAGGAAGUUGAUGGAUGAUAGCGGGGUGAAGAAAGAGCCUGGCUGUAGCCUAAUUGAAGAAGAUAAUAAACUUCUCAUGCAUUUCAUGUUCGACUCAAAACUUAAGUUAAGAAAUAGAGUUUUCAGAGCUGCAAAGGGGCUGGUUGUCACAGCUUCACUUGUUUCUUGUAAAGAAUAUAUUAAAGGCACUGGAGGAGUGCUGCAUUUUGCCCAACCAAAGUUUUCACCAUUUCUGCAGCAGCAGGUGCACGUUCUUGGUUGCCACCAUCUCUGCGCCUCUUUUCAAUGCCUUCAAGACCAUGCUUUGCAAUUUCUCUGGUUCUGCUACAACAUGCAAGUCAAUCAAAAGGGUUGCCCGACAGAUGCCCUACUCUAAUUGAUAAUCUUUUCCUGCACUUAAUCGGGCACAUUAAAGAAUCUGCAGUGUUACUUUCUGUCGGCUCCCAAAAGAAGCAUUGUUUGAUAUGUUGCUUAGAGGUAUGUGGCAAUGUCUCAUUUCUUUGAGAAUAAUAGGAAGCUCAAAUAAAGGGUGAAUGGUAUUUAUGGAUUUAUAGGAACAUUUAUUGAAAAAAAAAAAGGUCAAACAUGAAAAAUUUUCAGUCGUAUAAAAUUUUAUAGUUCUUUCUUGAAGUA